GCCUGUAAGUGUUUUUCUAUCGAUUAUGAUCAUGGGUUUAUUGAGAUUGGUAGCCAAGUGAAACCAGAGAACCAUGCGCAACAUUCCAUUUGCACUUAUGACCACUGUGAGGUGAUCCAUUGUGAAGUUUUGCUCUUUAAUGUACAAAGCACAAUGGCAGAUAAGCCAGAAAAAAACAGCGAGAAAGGCUUUUUGGCCAGAACUGCAACUUACACAACAAAGAGAGCACGAAGAGCCCAAGAAAAGUUUAUGCAGAAGGUUGGAAAAUUGGAUGAAACUAAAGAUGAAGUUUUUGAUGAAUUUGUUAGCAACUUCAAUAAACAGCAGACUGCAGUUUCAAGACUUCAAAAGGAAUUGAAACAAUAUCUGCAUUGCCUUGCAUCAAUGCAAGUUGCAAGCAAUGCUUUUUCUGAGGCAGUUAAAGAAAUUUAUGAACCAUCCUGGACUGACAGAGAGAAGCUUGUCAAUUUAUUUGAUGAGCUUGAUAGCAAUUUCCAUACUCUGAAUCAAAGGCUAAAGGAUGAAGUUCUUGAGCCAUUAGAAGCUUAUCAUAGGCCAUUUGCUGAUGUGAAGACAAAAAUUUCCAAAAGAGGUAGGAAGAGGGUUGACUAUGAUCAUUGUCGUCAUGUUGUAGAUACACUUAGAGCAAAAGGAACUGCAAAGACAGCAGAUGCAAAAAAGCUUUCUCAGGCAGAGGAUGAUUACCAAAAAGCGAAAUCAAUUUUUGUAGAACUGACAUCUGAACUUUAUGAUGAGCUUCCAGCACUUUAUGACAGUCGUAUUGGUUACUAUGUGUCAUGCUUCCAAAGCGUAUUCACCUUAGAAGGAGUUUUUCAUCGAGAUUGUGUUAGGAUUCAAAAUCAAUUAAAUGAUAUGAUGGAUCAGCUAAUUAAAGAUGUCUCUGCUGGAACAUACAGUACAAAAAAAUCAUUCACAAGGGACGAUGAGCAAGAAAUCUCUACCAUUACCCCGAUUGAUCCAAAACCAGAAGGGAGUUUAGCUACGUUUUAUGAUGUUGCUGUUCCAGGAGAAGAUGAGGACAGCGAGAGUGCAGGAGAAACAGAUACAAUUAACGGAUUGGAAAAGAGCCAAGGAACCCAAGAUCAAGAAAUUCCUCCGCCUCCAGCUCGACCGGCCCCUGUUAGGCCUGCGCCAUCCAAACCAGCAGUAAGCCCUCCACUUGUCGCCAAAACCAAAGCACAGCCUGAAAACGCAAAGGAUGACGAACCAUCUGAGGAAUCGAAGAAAGAGCCCGUUCCAGCUCCAAGCAGUGUCACCCAGAGUAAUUCAGAAGCUCAGUCCAAAGAAAAAACAGUGGAAAAAGAAUGUGUUGUGUAUAGAAACCCAAAUUCUUCAAGUAGCCCUACACAUUGUAAUCUUAUUGUUCCGCAGAGCCGGUACAAGGUCAUAGCCACUCACUCUUACACGCCUGAAGACGAGGAUGAAUUGGCUUUCGAAAAAGGCGAGCUAGUACACGUGGUAGAUUAUGACGACCCUGAAGAACAGGACGAAGGCUGGCUCAUGGGCAUACUCGAUUCAUCCGGCCUCAAGGGUGUAUUCCCAGAAAACUUCACAAAGCGCAUUGAUACGUGACCAACCAUCAUAAACAUAGCCUAACUAAUGUACCUGGUCUUCCAUGAACCAAGCUGUUGUCAAACUACAUGUAGGAAUGUUAGCUAUUUAGAGGCAUCGUAAUACAGAAGUACCUUAUUUGAUUUCUAGUCAAACUACCACAAGCAUGUAAAAUCAGUAAUGUCAUUUGCUGCCACAUUCACUGAAUAAACAUCACUGAAGUCAAAUACUCAAUUUUAAAGGUUUUUUUAUAUUUGGUACUUUAUCCAAAAAUUCCUUUUUUAGCUAAUGAAGUACAACAUUAACUUAGAAUUAUAACCCAAUCUUGAUGUAGCAUUGUUCGGGAGAUGAAUCCUGCCCGUCUUCCAGACCAUGCACUUGCAUAUGCACCGACCAGACCGGUCUUCCUUUUCGGGCUCAUUGCGCAUGCGUAUUGUCACUUGAAACCCUGGCGAAAAGAUCAAGAAUUGUGUGUUCACAGACAAAACAGCUGUGCGAAUACUAAUGCGCAUGUGCCAUGACACUGCGACACUGAUUGGUUAAGACGGUAUUGUUUCGAAACAAAGGACUAAAGGUUUCGUCCCCUGAUUCCUUUCAGUUCCGAAGUCAUUCCUUUUUAUUUUUGUUUACUUGCGGAAAAUUUGAAUCAUCUAGUUAGUCGACAACUCUGUGUACAAGAAAUAUUUUCCAACUAGGGACACAUCCUAGUAUUUGUAUCGUUAAGUACAGAACAUACCCAGCAUUUAGCCUUGGUUCCCCUUAAUUUUUAUUUGUUCAAAUCUCCACUUAGAAUUUAUAUAGCUAUUUCUUAUCUAUAGUAGUGUGACCAAAGAGAUAGGAUCCUAUCGCUAUGGGUGUCACUUACUUAGGAAGUUAUGCUGCUGUGCCGCUCACACUUUACCAAUGAGUAUUAUACAAAACAGCAAACAUCGUAUUAUACAAUAUGAGUAGCUUUUUCAAGUUGUAUUCAGUAGUAUUUUAGCGCUAGGACCACGUAGCUUAUUACGGAACGUGGGGGGGGAGUGUGGGGGUACGGAAUGGCCUUUUUCGGCCCUGUUUCAGCUUGAUAAACAUUUGGCAAUACUUUCUAUAAAACUGUUAUUUAGUGCACACUUAUUCUCAAUCAUCUUAUAGCGAAAACAACAAUCUAAAAUCGUGAAUGAAUUCAAAAAAAGUACUUUAUAAAAACUACAUCACCUAUUAAAACUUAAAGAAACUCUGGUCUUGGAGCUGUUCCUUUGUGGACAUAUCAUUGCAGUAAAGAAUAUGUUGGCAAAACUUAUGCUUGCAGCAUUAUCAAAGAAGAUUAGAACACUACUUAUUUUUAUGCGAAGGUUGUAAACUGAUAAAUGGAAUAAUUUAAAAAAAAAAUGUUUUCGGCUACAAUUGUAACAGUUUUAUUAAAAUUUCAAAUUUAGUUAUUAUACUGCAGGCGACUUUAUUGUAAUCAAAAUUAUGUAACAUUUUUUCAAAGUAUGUUUAGUUUUAUAGUUGUAAAAUUAUUUACUUUAUGUAAGAAACGUAUCAAAAUGAAUAGCACAAUUUAUCUCUAAAUGAAAUGCGACUUUGUUUUCUGGCAUUCUCAGUGAUUCUAGGAUCUUGUAUUUCUUUGCUGGGCUUUGCUGGAACUUGCUUCAAACGUUUUGCUUCCAAAUAAAUCUUUUUUUCAAGAUAUUGGGAUGCAGUGCUUAUGGAAUUAUUUCCUUGCAACUCCACUUAUAGUGAAAACCUUUUAUUUCCAAGUUUGGGGUUUAUAUAAUAUUUAGUACAAGAAUUUGUGACGAGGUUCAUAACAUUAAGCUAUCUUCUUUUCUUGGCUUUUUACGACUAUUUGAAAACUUCGUGCCAUCAGUUAGAGAAAAUUCAUGCCAUCAAUCAGAGCAAGUGAGCCCCAUUAAGGAUUUGAAGCUCGGUAUGCGCUGGUCAGCAAUUGUCGAUAGAAUGAAGCAGCAAGUUCCUGCCAGUACACUCUCCGUCGCAGAGGCUGUGGCAGCAACCAAGUCAGAAUGCCCAAAUGAAAUAUGAUUUGGCAACUGCGCCUUUGCGCACAAAUUCAGAGUGUGCAAAAACUUAAACUGACAACAGUUUCAAAAUCACUGGACAGGUAAGGUCAUCUUUUUAUUUAGGUCUUUUUUUUUGUGUAUAUCAAAACAAAGGAACCCGACUUGUAAAGACAGGAAAAGUUCGUUUUCUCCCUUGGAUUCUUUAAGUAGUUUAGAGGUUAGCGUUCGCUGAUUGGUGAAAAACAAACAAACCAAUCAAACGCGAUGCAGCUGUUUAGCGUUCUUGGUCCGUAUCUAGCUGGGCCCACGACGGGCGCUACCCUAAACAAAACAACUCCGAUGGUGUGUAAUUACAAGCAGAGGAGGCCAUGUGGUAUUAUUCC